AUGAGCAGCUUUAUCACUUCGCUGCUAACUGAGUUAGGGUUCCGCACACCCCUUCCCCGCACCUCCCAGCCUCGGGGCGAAGCGCAGGCAUCGCCGAAAGGACAGACAACCCCACCGUCGAGUCAAAACAGUGAUCCCACGAGUCUUGGUAUUGGAAAGGAUACUGGGGUACUACAACGGACUAGCGGAGAUGCAGGAUCUUUACCUGUGCCUCCCUUCUUUGCAACCUUACCGAAAGAGAUGGAUGGCCGAACCCCGGAGCCGGAAGGCACUCGAACAGGACCUCGUCAUGCUCUGAUUGCCGAUAACCAAAACAUACUUCCUACCAACGCCCUUACAGCUGGCAUUACUGCGCAGAAUGGCCUCACCGUACUUUCAGCGGCCUCUGAGGGUCAAAGACCUCAACAAGAGGAGACACCGCGGCAACAAGCGCGGCCAUCGGGAACAGACUUAGGAUUGAGGCAAGAUGCUGUUGGGCGAUCACCAAGCGGUACAUUGAAUAUGGGUGAGCUCGGCCAGAUGUCCCUGCCGGCGGAUGAUGGAAUGGGUUGGCUGAGGAAGAAGAUUCACGCCAUCCGGGACCUGGACCUCAACAAUAACGAAAAGGCCCACAUGAUUCAUGAGUUGAUGACAGAGAGCUACAACUCUUCCAAAACUCUACCGCCACUAUCUCCCUCAAUGCUGUCCCCAAUGCUGAGCCCUCCAGGUCUGAACGAUCCCGCUAGUUCUCCCGCCCGGGAGAUGAGACAGCUUUCAGACCCAACUCCGAUGAGCCCCACAUUUACAGCGUCGAUCCCCCAAUAUGAGAUUCAAUUCUCAUUAACACCCGACGAUCUACAACCAACAUACGUUCCAAAAGUUGAGCCUGAAUCGCCUGUGGCUGAAGUUGUCGAUACUGCGGACGAUGAUGCAGAUACGGAAGAGUGUGACGAAGCUAUUUUAGGCUGCCAGCACUAUCAUCGAAAUGUCAAAUUGCAGUGCCAUACUUGCAAAAAAUGGUACACUUGUCGAUUCUGCCAUGAUGUAGUUGAAGACCAUCCUCUCAUUCGCCGAGACACUGAGAAUAUGCUAUGUAUGCUGUGUGGACAUGCUCAACCUGCGGCACAGAAUUGCAGGCAGUGCGAGGAGCAGACUGCCCAAUACUACUGCGAUAUUUGCAAGCUUUGGGAUAAUGACAGCAAGAAAAGCAUAUAUCACUGUUAUGAUUGUGGAAUUUGCCGGAUUGGCCAGGGACUUGGCAAGGACUUCUUCCACUGCAAGACAUGCUCCGUUUGCUUGCCCAUCUCAAUUGAAGACACUCAUCGGUGUAUCGAACGAUCAACUCAAUGCGAUUGUCCCAUUUGCGGAGACUACAUGUUCACCUCCCCGGAGACUGUGGUCGUGAUGCGGUGUGGUCAUAGUCUUCAUCACAAAUGUCUGUCGGAAUAUUCAAAGACCUCCUUCCGCUGUCCGAUUUGCAGCAAGACUAUAACGAACAUGGAAUCGACCUUCAGAAAUCUAGAUCGCACGAUUGAAAGCCAACCAAUGCCCGCUGAGUUCAAAGACACGAAAGGGCUCAUAUAUUGUAAUGAUUGUGGCGCCAAGUCUGUUGUCAAAUACCACUGGUUGGGCUUAAAAUGUGACUUAUGUGAAUCCUAUAAUACCGCUCAGCUCCGGGUACUACAAGGAGGUGACAUCUCCGAAGUGCUCGAGGAGGAAGGCGUUGGAGAACUUGCAUCUCGCCCACGCUCAGCCUCUCUGAACCCGGAUGGUGAAACUGCAACUUCAUUGGCAGCACUUCAUCUCAAUACCAAUCCUGCUUCUUCACGCCUGAGCGUUCCAAUAUCUGCUGGCGCCGGCGAGGACAGGCGAUUUGUGUCCUACAAUAUGACCCAUGGACGUGCGAUUUCGCCGGUGGUAAGCAAUUACUUCGGCCUACCCACUGAGCGCGAAUCGGAGAAGCCGUCUUCAAUGCCUUUCUUCGGUGGCGCAUCCCGGGCUGAGGGCGAGACGGAAUACGGUGCCUUGAAUUUCCUGAGCAAGAAGCUUCGAGAUCGAUAUGGAUUCCUCGCGGGUGAUACGGCUACUGCCGAGGCCGCCUCGGCUGUCGAGGAGGAUGAAGACGAUGAAGACGCGGAAUCAUCGGAAUCAUCGGACUCGUCAGACGCAGACGAGGAAGAUCAUGAGGAAGAUGAUGACGAUGAUGACGGCGGGGAAGACAUCGACCUUUUCGGCCAUCGAUGA